GGACGCGGCGGCAGUGCCGUGGCUCUAGCUCGCUCUUUGGUCCUCCGACUCCUGAAGUUGGCAAUGGGACGGACUCCCGCGUUGGAGACCCCGGCCAUUGGUUGCCACUGAGCGCAAGGCCAUCUCAUCUACGCCAAAGAGGCGAUUCUUCAGGCCAGCUGGGAGUAAUGGGGCGUCCAGGCUGGAGAAGCAAACCAUCUCCUGGAGCUCUUAGAGGGUCCCAAACUGCUCUCCUCGCUCUCGUUCUGAAGCCCUAGAAGGGGCUUCUGUAGAAAGCCCGGAUUCCCCACCCGCUUCGCGACACCAUCUGUAGUCCACCGCCCGGCGUGGCUAGCCCUGGCAGGCAGCGCCCCUUCCCCUCCGCAGUUACCAGCUGGUCCCACCUCCCCACCGAGACCAAGUUCAACAAGUUUGUCCAAGAAGUCCUAGAGCGUCCAUGUCUAGGCCUGGCUAUGCCUGUCUGUGUGGCUGGCUCCACCAGCUCGGAGUUGUUCAACCACCGUGCCUUCUGGGAUCGGGAGGUGGUUUGUCGAGUGGCGCUGUAUGUAAGGGUGGAGGCCAAAGACCGGCAGUCCCUGGGUUCCGAGAUUUGGUGUGGAGGCUCAAGGUUAGGAGUGCGUCAUUAGCGAGCAGGCACCUCAGCUGCACCACAUCUGCCUCCAUUCUGUGCUGCAGGGACGCCAUGGCUCCAGAAGAGGAUGCUGGAGGGGAGGCCUUAGGGGGCAGUUUCUGGGAGGCUGGCAACUACCGACGGACGGUGCAGCGGGUUGAGGAUGGGCACAGGCUGUGUGGGGACCUGGUUAACUGCUUCCAAGAACGUGCCCGCAUUGAGAAGGCCUAUGCCCAGCAGCUGUCUGACUGGGCCCGCAAGUGGAGGGGAGCUGUCGAGAAGGGCCCACAAUAUGGCACUCUGGAGAAGGCCUGGCACGCCUUCUUUACUGCGGCUGAGCGGCUGAGCGAGCUACACUUGGAAGUGAGGGAGAAGUUGCACGGUCCAGACAGCGAGUGUGUGAGGACCUGGCAGCGAGGGGCUUUUCACCGGCCAGUGCUGGGUGGCUUUCGGGAAAGCCGGGCUGCCGAGGAUGGUUUCCGUAAAGCCCAGAAGCCCUGGCUAAAGAGGCUGAAGGAGGUUGAAGCUUCCAAGAAGAGCUACUACACAGCACGCAAGGAUGAGAAGACAGCCCAGACCCGGGAGAGCCACGCGAAAGCAGACAGCUCCAUGUCCCAGGAACAGCUUCGAAAGUUGCAGGAACGAGUUGGACGCUGCACCAAGGAGGCAGAGAAGAUGAAAACCCAAUAUGAGCAGACACUGGCGGAACUAAAUCGCUAUACCCCACGCUACAUGGAGGACAUGGAGCAGGCCUUUGAGAGCUGCCAGGCUGCGGAACGCCAGCGGCUUCUCUUCUUCAAGGACAUGUUGUUCACCUUUCAUCAGCACCUUGACCUCUCCAGCAGUGACAAGUUCCAUGAGCUCCACCGAGACCUGCAGCAGGGCAUUGAGGCUGUUAGCGAUGAGGAAGAUCUCCGCUGGUGGCGCAGCACACAUGGACCUGGCAUGGCCAUGAACUGGCCACAGUUUGAGGAGUGGUCCUUAGACACACAGAGAGCAAUCAGCCGGAAGGAGAAGGGUGGCCGGACCCCUGAUGAGGUUACCCUGACCAGCAUUGUACCUACAAGAGAUGGCACUGUACCCCCACCCCAGUCCCCAGCAUGCCCAGCAUCUCCAGGUGGGCAGGAUGAGGACUGGUCAGAUGAAGAGAGCCCCCGGAAGGCUGCCACUGGGGUGAGGGUGCGGGCGCUUUAUGACUAUGCCGGCCAGGAAGCCGAUGAGCUGAGCUUCCAAGCAGGGGAAGAGCUGCUGAAGAUGAGUGAGGAGGAUGAACAGGGCUGGUGCCAGGGCCAGCUGCAGAGUGGCCGCAUUGGUCUGUACCCCGCCAAUUAUGUGGAAUGUGUGGGUGCCUGAGUGCCCUGACAGUCCUAUUGCAGCUUCACUCCAACCAGAGCCAAAGCUCAACCCUUCCAGGAUCGCUGGACCUGAGGACCUGAACCAUGUGCUGCUGCUGUUUCCGGAGAGGAAGGAUGCCUGAGGGCCCAUGAAGGGGAGGGUCUGCGUCUAGAAAGAGGCCAAAAGAGUUUAGAAUGGAGGCAGGAAGGGAGGUUGGAGUGCCUGAGCCUCCCCGGGAGCAUCCCAGAAGUAGGGGAUCCAGUUCUUAAACUGGGAGUUCCUGAGGAUGAGGUUGGGGAGAAUGUAGUUUGGGGCUAGCAGCGUCCUAUUUUGUGACUUGUAGUGUGUAUUAAAUUUGAUCAAGAAUAAAAGUACCAUCUAGUGUUGUGAGCGUC